AUGGUGGAUAUAGAUAAAGAACCUAUAUCAAACGAAAAUAAUAUUAAAUAUUUAAAAGUGUAUUCUAAUAUAUUAUUUAAAUAUACAGAAGCACAAGAGAAGAAAAAAGAAUACAUUGAUGUAGCUUUAUUGGGAGAUAAUAUAAAAGAGGAAAAGAGAUUUUUUAAAUUAAUAAAUAUUGAUAUUAUAUUAAUAAUUUUAUGGUUCUUUGUGCUUUACAGUUUUUCAUAUAAUAUAGUAGAAGUACGAAAUUUCCAAAAUGAUUUAUAUAAUAAUAUAAAUGAGUCUACAUUUUAUUCUGAAACUUUUUAUAAAUCAUUGAGUGAUAAUAUAAAAAAAAUUAAUAAUGAUUAUUCAUAUGAAUCUAGAAAAAAGGAUUAUACAACAUUUAAAAAUAUAAAUAAUAAAUUUGAAUUAGCUUCAUGGAUAAAAAAUGAAUUUGUUAAAAAUGUAUCUUAUGAAAAAUAUUUCAAUAAUAAUAUUAUAUUUGGAAAUUGUUGGAGAAUAACUAUGAGAUUAUAUAAUAAUAAUAAUAAUAAUAGUAAUGAUUCAUUAAUAAAAAAAUUUUAUAAUAAAAAAAAAUUAUAUGAAAUAUAUUCAGAUACUAAUUUUUUAAAGGAAAUAGAAAAUAAGCAAAAUAUUAGUUAUCCUUAUUUUGAUAAAAAAUGGAAUUAUAACUUUUCAUAUGAAAAAUCAUAUAAAAAGAUUGGAGGAUUAUAUCAAAUAAUAUGUGAAAAUGAUUAUAAUAAAAUUCAAGAAAUGUUAUCUCAAGAUAGUUUUUAUACAACAUCAUAUCCAUAUUUUAUACCAGCUGUUAUAUUAACAAAUUAUAAUAUAGCUACAGUUACAUUAGAUUAUUUAUUAUAUAAUCCUAUAUUAAAUCUCAUAUCUUAUAAUGCUUUAAAAUUUUCUUUCUUACCUAAUACUAAAACAUAUAAAGAAAUAGUUACAUUGUCAGCUUCAUGUAAUCAAAUCAAUUGGUAUUUCGUUGUUUCGUUUUUUGUAUUUCUUUGUAUAUUUAUUAUGUAUAUAUUAAAAGAUGUGAGAACUUAUUUCCUGGUCGGUUUUAAUUUGUAUGUGAAAAUGUAUAGUUGCAAAUUUAUGAGCAUAGUGUGUGUCUUAUUAAAUAUGUUAAGCCUAGGUAUUUAUCUUCUAUUUCAAUAUAAGGUACCCAAUUUAAAUGCUACAUAUGAAAAUGGGAAAUAUAAAAUAGAUUCCUUAUAUGCUAAUGCAAACUCAGAAAGUAUUGUAAAUAUGUUUUACGAUAUUGAACGAGUUAUAUUGUAUAUAGAAUGGACAAAAUAUAUUUUUAUAUUUACAUGUUUCAUAACAUUUAUAUUUUCAUAUUAUUUAAUUAUAAAAAAUUAUGGUUUGUUAAUAAAAAAAUAUAAUAAUGUUGAGAAGUAUAUUAAAAAGGAUUUCUUGUAUCCUUGCUCUAUUUUAUUAAUCUUUGUUUUCAUAUAUUUAUGUAUAGUUUCAAUGUAUCGUUAUGAGGUCUUUAAUAUUUUUGAAAAUGAAAAUUGUAAUAUGCUUUAUGCUUAUAUUUUAAAUAUAUGUUUAGUUUUUGCAAACUUUCAAGGAUUUAAUAUAUCAUCAAUAAUAAAUACAGAGGGAAAUAAUUUAUCUUAUUUUUAUUUCAUCCCAACACUUUUUUUUAUAUUCACGAUUAUUUUUUCUUUUAUCUUUUUUUUGGCCAUAAAAUCAUACAUUAAGAGAAAUAAGAAAAUGUACAAAUGGUAUAUGCGUCAUUUUAAAGAAAACAGAACGCUAAGUAAAGAUAAUAACACGGAAAAGGGAAUAAAAAUUCAAGCAUAUAAGAAAAGAAAGUCAAUUUACAACAAAAAUAAUGAGUAUAAUAAAAGUGAACGAACGAUAGAAACUAAUAUAUGUAAUGAUGAUAGAAGUCAAAACGAAAUAGAAAAAGAAAAAGAAAAAGAAAAAAUAGAAAAAAAUGAAAAUGAGAAACAAGGUGAAGCACAAAAAGAAAAUAUAAAAGAUGAAUAUAUAAAAGAUGAAUAUAUAAAAGAUGAAUAUAUACAAGAUCAAAAUAUGCAAGAUCAAAAUAUGCAAGAUCAAAAUAUACACGAUCAACAUAUGCACAAUAGAAAGGGUAACAAUAAAAACAUUUAUUAUAUUAAGAGUCAUCAUAAAAACAUACACAAUAAUAAUACAGUUGAUUACAAUUCCGAGGAAGAUGGCAAUAGCAAAUCCAAACUCAGCAAAGAUUUACCCUUAUCAGAUUUAAAGGAAGAUUCAAUAAAAAAUAAUAACAGUAAUACUUCAAAAAAUUCAUAUGACAAUUCAGAAGAAAAUAAUAUAAGAAAUGUUGAAUAUAUGAACGAAGAAGAUGGAAGUGAAUGUUACAAUUUUUCUUUAAAUAAUUCAAGUGAUUGUGAAAUAAAUGUAGACAAUAUAGUUAAAGAAUUAAAUUAUAAAGAUAUGAUAAAAUUAGGGAAGAAAUCGAAUACUAAUAAAGAGGUUUAUUCUUCCAAUAUGAUGGAGGAAAAUGAAGAAAAUAUUUUCCAAAUUGAAAAAUUUAUAAAUAUAUUUUUUAACUUGAGAAAUCGAUUUUUACCUUUUUCUUAUAAUGUAAAAAAAUAUAUUUUAAAGGAGUAUAAUAAAAAAACGAAGAAUAAAAAAAGUGAGAAAUUGAUGUGUUAUUUUUAUAUAUUUAUAGGCUUAUUACUAUUUUGUAGUUUAUUCAUUAUAAAUAAUUUUAAGAAAAUAAGUGAAACAGAAAAUUUGUUAAAAUAUCAAAUUGAAAAUGUAAGUUUCUUGAGUAGUGAUAAAUUAUUCACGAAUAUGAAAUUUUAUCACGAAAAUAAAAGUGUAAAUGUUAGUAUUAAUAAUGAAUAUUUAAAUUUCCAUAAAAUAAAAAACAAAAAUGAUAUUAUAAAAUGGAUAAAAAAUUGUUUUACUGUAUAUUUAGAAAAUGGUACAGAUUUAUUUGGUAACAAUGCUAUAUAUCAUAAUUCAUAUAAAUGGAUAGAAAUAUAUGACUUAUUAUAUGGUAAAAUAUAUAUACGUAUGACAUCAAGAGAAGAAAUAAAUAUAAGUGAUAAUAAUAAUAAUAAUAAUAAUAAUAUAAUAUGUAAUAAUAGACAAGAUAAAUGUUAUGCAUAUAUAAGAAAUGAAAAAAAUAUAUUGAAAAAUAAUUUAAAUGAUAUUUUAUCACUUAUUGAUGAUUCUAUAAAAGAAUUAGAAAUAUCAUUUAUUUUAUCUGAUGUGGAUGAUCAUCAUAAUAUAUUUGUAAAAAUAAAUUUUCAUUUUACUUCUACUGGUUAUAUAUCAAAAUAUAUACAGUUUGAUCAUUUAUUUUUUAAUUCUUUUAAUAUAUAUCAGUUUAUUGGUGUAGUCGUAAAUUUUCUCUAUCUUAUUAUAUUAUUAUCUUUAUUAAUAGUUAUAUAUAAGUAUUAUUAUACAAAUUUUUUUUAUUUUUAUAACUUAUGCGUUAGUUCCUUGAAAGGUACUAUUCAUUCUAAUAAUAGUAAUAUGACACAUAUUAUGAAUACACAAAUGGAGAAUUUUAUGUACAGAAAUGAUAAUAAUAGAAGGAAUUUACAAAAUAUGGACAAUGCAAAUAAUUUCAAUGUAGUAAAUAUAAAUAAUAAUAAUGAUAAUAAUAAUGAUAAUAGUAAUAGUUAUAGUUAUAGUAAUAAUAUUAUGUUCGAUAAAUAUCAGGAUAAUAACAUGAAUAAUGAGGAGAUAAAUUAUUAUGGUCCUUAUUAUAAUGAAAAUAAUUUUACUUUAAACAAUAAUUAUAUUUCUAAUAUGAACUAUCAUCCUGAUAAUUUUUAUUCCAAUGCUAAUAUUAAUAAUAAAAGAACAAAAUAUAAUUUAAGUUUGUUACUUAAAUUGAAAAUAUAUCUUACAUAUCUUUUUGAAUGUGAUAUUAUAAAAUUGUUUAUAUUUAUAUUACAUAUAUUAAUAGUCCUAUUUUGGCUAGCUUUAUGUAUAAAUAUAAAUAGAAUUUCUUAUUAUAAUGAAAUUUUAUUAGAUAGUUAUUUUGAUAUUCAUAUAAAUACCAUUUUCUUUUAUUCUAUUAUGAUUUAUAUUUUUUAUCUGUUUCUUUUUUUAACUAUUAUGAAUAUGUUUUUUUAUUUAUCCAAGUACGUUAAAAAUGAAGUUAUAUAUGAGGCUUUAUAUUAUAAUAGAUUACAGAUAUUAAAAAGUGUCUUAUUAUUAUUAUUUGUAUGUUUUCAUUUUAUUAUUUUUCAUUAUUUCUUUUAUUACGGUAUAGAUAAUUAUGAAAAUAUAACAAUAUAUGAGCAUGUGAUAUAUUCAUUUUUAAUAUUAAUAGGUAUGGUAAAAAUGGAAAUAUAUUUAAAAUAUAGUACCUUAUAUUUUUUCGUUAUUAUAUUACCUCAUUUGAUUUUCAUACGUUUCCUUUUUAUUUAUACUCUUUUUGCCCCUAUAUUAUCUAGUUACAUAAUAAUAAAAAAAAACAGAAGCAAACAAAGUAAUAAUACAGAUAAUAUUAGUAGUGAUAAAGUAUAUAAUAUUGAAAGCAAUUAUGGUGACAGCAGUAUGUAUAAUAUGGAAAAUAUGAAUACUGAUUUUAUGUACAACAUUGACAAUAAUAAUAAUAAUAAUAAUAAUAAUAAAAAUAAAAAUAAUAAUGAUAAUAAUGAUAUUAAAAAUAAUAAUAAAAAUAAUAACAAAAGAAACCUUAUAUAUAAAGAACAAAAAGAAAAUGGUACCAAUAAUCAAUAUGAUGAAGAAGAUUAUAGAGCUUUCAUAUUAACACGUUUAAGUAGUGAACAGUGGAAAGGUUUAAAAGAAGAAAUCAAAGAAUUUGCUAAAAUGGAAACAUAUAAUAUAUUGGUAUAUUUUCAAAAAUUUAAAAAUCAAAUAGAUAGUAAAAAAAUCAAUUUUAUGUCCACAAUAUUAAAAAAUGAAUAUACUUAUUUAAAUGAACAAAUAAAUAAUAUCAUAUUAGAUUUACGUAAAGUCGAAUUACAAUGGAAAUUUCAAAGCAAACUUGUUAACUCAUCUAAUGCAUAUAUAGAUAAAAUAAAUAAUCAAAUUGAUAUGACUGAAGAAGAAAUUGUUGAAAGUAAAAGUAAACUUUCUUCAUUAAAGCAGUAUUUGCAAAAAGUCCAAAUGCACCCUACAAAAGAGCGGGACGAAUGA